CAUCAGUUACCUCCCAGAUGUACAGAAUUCCACAUCAGUUACUUAUUUCCCAAAUGUACAGAAUUCCACAUCAGUUACUUAUUUCCCAAAUUUACAGAAUUACACAUCAGUUACUUACUUCCCAAAUCUAUAGAAUUCACAACAGUUACUUACUUCCAAAAUCUACAGUAUUCCACAUCAUUUACUUACCAAAUCUACAGUAUUCCACAUCAAUUACUUACCAAACCUACAGAAUUCCACAUCAGUUAACAUACUUCCAAAAGCUACAGAAUUCUACAGCAGUUCCUGCCACAAUCUACAGAAUUCCACACCAGUUACUUACUUCCCAAAUCUAUAGAAUUCACAACAGUUACUUACUUACAAAAUCUACAGUAUUCCACAUCAGUUACUUACCAAAUCUACAGUAUUCCACAUCAAUUACUUACCAAACCUACAGAAUUCCACAUCAGUUAACAUACUUCCAAAAGCUACAGAAUUCUACAGCAGUUCCUGCCACAAUCUACAGAAUUCCACAUCAGUUACUUACUUCCCAAAUCUAUAGAAUUCCACAUCAGUUACUUACUUCCCAAAUCUACAGAAUUCCACACCAGUUACUUACUUCCAAAAUCUACAGUAUUCCACAUCAGUUACUUACCAAACCUACAGAAUUCCACAUCAGUUAAUAUAUUUCCCAAACCCACAGAAUUCUAAAGCAGUUCCUGCCCAAAUCUACAGUAUUCCACAUCAGUUACUCACCAAACCUACAGAAUUCCACAUCCGUUAACAUACUUCCCAAACCUACAGAUUUCUACAGCAGUUACAUAGUUUCCAAACCUACCAACUUCCAAGUUAGUCAGUUACUUCCUAAAUCUGCACAAUUACACAGUCAGUUACUUGCUAGAAAAUACAGAUGUAGACCCUAGAUCUAGACUACAAUAAACCCUGUUGGGAUUUAUUUUGCGAUAACAACCAGCGAACUGUAUAUUAUCCCUUACAUAAUAACUUUCAUUAGCAUUAACAAACAUUACAUUAUAUAAUGCUUGAAAAAAUUAUCCAUAUGCACCUUUGCAUUAAUUUGUAAAACAAUAACUGUCCACCCUCAUUCUGACCCUCUGUCAGAAACAUUUGGUUUUGGUGCUGCUUCUCCUUUAAGACUUGACAGUAAAUGCCCACUGAUUAUGAUUGGCUCUCAGCUCUUGACUGACCUGUUCUCUCCUUGCCAUCUCACUACUCACUGCUACUGGGCAGGGCUACGUAGUAAAGUAGUUGUUGAUGUGUUGUUGUAGACGUAGUGUGACAUCACAAUGUGGAGGAAGUAGUGAACGAGUCGUUUUGGCAGCUUGGAUUUAACAAAUGCUCUUUUUGCAGUGAAGAGGAAGUUUUGAGUUCUGAAACUUACAGUAUGUUUUUAAGUUUAGCUUUAGUUAAAAUUCCUCAUAUCAUGACCUCUUUAAAAGCUGCUGCUCUGAAGAACCCUGAGGCUUGAUAAAGACAACAUAGUGUUAUUCUACAUUGUUUAGGGUUUUUUCAAAAUCUCUCAACUGAGACCAAAAUUUCUAACACUAACUCCUCCUAGAGCUUUUGAGCUACAUCCACAAAUAUUUGCACAAAACUUCAGAAUGUUCAGGAAUAGUGUGCUGUCUUUUAUAAAUUAUUGAACUUACGGUUUUCACACAGCGGACAAUCAAAUACCAGAAAAAAAUCCUACAGACUUACAUUGACUGAAUAAUCAAAUGGGCCAACGGAAAACUCGUUAAUUCAAACUUCAAAUGUCAAAAAUUUAAAUUUAAACAAACCCACACAAUGCCUUUAACUUUCUGCUUUAAGUUGCUCUCUCUCUGACGAUUUAUCUUACUAUCUAUGUGACAGUCUGUCUGACUAUCUAUUUCAGUUUGUCUUACUGUAAUAUCUGUUUAUCCAUUAAACUUCAACAUUUUAAAAAUUGUUUAAACUUUCAGACAAGGCUUUUUUCAAGCCAUCAUCAAAGUUUGUCUUGACAAACUUUACCCAUCUAGUUUCAUCUACAUGUAUCUAUAUGUAUUUCCAUUAACAUUGGUCCCAAUAAGCUCUAGGGUUUGCUCCAUGAGGUCUGCAAGAGGAACGCUGACAAUUUCAAGAAAUCCUUCAUCUUUUCCAUGUGUCCUCAAGACAUGUGCAGUUCCAGCAUUACAGUUGACCACAGAGGCGUGCCAGCAGUACUGUUUGUUGAUGUAAUCAACUGGAACCCACCCUGUCAAAAAAUAUCAUUUUGCUAUUAGCAUCCUUUAUUUUCCCUCAGUGCAGUUUAACUUGCACAGAGAUGUCUGAGAGGAAUGAGAGGUUGUUCUGGAGACACCAACUCACCUGGGAUGUGUCCGUUUUCAUCAGGCACUGGAUGGCCAUUCUCGUACUGGAAUCUGGCACAAUAUGACGGCAUGUGAAGUGUAAACAUAGGCUUGUGUGACAACCAGCAUAUGAAAUGCUUGACACCCAUCCUGACUGGGCACCAUCUUUGCUUUUGGGCCACAAUGAAGUGAAACUGACAGACAAAAACAGGUUUGCACGUCAGUUAAGGAGACAUGAGAGGUCUGGGGUCAGGACAGGAGAGAAAGUGGAGGACAGGGUUCGAAGUGAAGCAGAGGAGAGGGCUCGACAGGAAGCCGAGGAGACGGCAGCACAAGAAGAUGAAGAGGAAACGAAGGUGAGACAACAGGAUGUGGAGGAGAGGGCACGGCAGGACGUGGAGGAGAGGGCACGGCAGGAAGAUGACAUGGCACAAAAUCCUCAUGACCACAGUGUAGAGGAAUGUGAGCUCUGCCAGUCCAGGCAUGAUGAAAUGAACUGUCUACUAGAGGAAAACAGACAGCUGAAGCAUGAACUUGAUAAAUGCCAAAUCACAGACAAUUUUAAGGAUGAUAAUGUUAAAGUAAAAUACUACACUUCCAAGCUAUGCCAUUUUUCAGGUUUUGUUGUACCAUAUAAUGCCAUUUCUUCCUCAGGAAAGAAGAAAGUUGACACCUUUUCAGAUGAUCCUUCUUACCUUCAUGCGUCUGAGAUUGGAUCUGCCAAUCCAGCACAUCGCCCAUCUAUUCAGUGUGCUCCGAGCAACUGUUAGUGCUGCAUUUAAGGAAACAGUGAGUGUUUUGUACUCACACUUGUCUCCACUAGUGCAUUGGCCAGACAGAGAGAGAUUGUGAGUCAGUAUGCAGCACCAGUUUGUGGAGACAUUUGGAAAUUGUGUUGCUGCCAUUGUGGACUGCUUUGACAUUUUUAUAGAAAGACCAUCAAAUCUUCAGGCAAGGGCACAAACAUUUUCAAACUACAAACACAGUCACACACUGAAAAACCUCAUAUGCAUUCCCCCCCACAAGGAGUCAUUUCUUUCAUCUCCAAAAGGUGGGGUGGGAGCACUAGUGACAAACGAAUAACCAAGAACUUUGGUUUUAUAGACAAACUACUACUAGGUGACAUAGUAUUAGCGGAUCGAGGGUUUGACAUAAAAGAGAGUGUGGGAUUGAUGUGUGCUGAAGUAAAAAUACCAGCAUUUACAAAGGGGCAACAUCAGCUGGAAGCAAAGGAUGUGGAGGAAAUGAGACGCAUUGCACACCUCAGAAUCCAUGUGGAGAGAAUUAUCGGUGUUGUACGCAACAAAUAUAAAAUCCUGUCUUCAACUAUUCCUAUCAGUAUGAUUCUGGGGUGAGAGGUGAGAAUGUGAAAUUUUUAGACAAAAUUGUAACAGUUUGCUGUGCUCUGGAAAACGUGUCCAAGUGUUGUACAAUGAUUACUUAUAGUACACUGCAGCCCUGUGAAUUUGUGAGCUUUACACUGAUCAGUUUUUACAAUAAUA